UUAAAAACGCGGCUUUUAAAUUUCUUCCCAGAAUUCUUCCAAAAAAAAAAAAAAAAUUCCCGGUAAACGGAAUUUCCCACCUUCAGCCGGAAAAAAGAAACAUUGGCCUGGAGGAGGAGCUGGGAGGAAUGGCGGUGCCGGCGGCUUUGCAGUGGAUGAACGGCGAAAGAGGGGUGUUGGUGCUUUACAUAGCUAGGAUCCUCUACGCCGCGCCCAUUUCUCUCCUAGCUGAAUCCAUUGCUCUGGGUAUUCUUUCUCUUUUUGCCCUAUCCCUGGAAAUCUCCGCCGAUCAUGAUCAUGAUCAUGAUCCCUUUUCUCGGUUCUUCAAAACCAGGCCAGGUGUAUCGUCUGGGAUACUGCUGGGGGCAGUGACACUUCCGGGAUUAAUGCUGUCAAGGUUGAUACAAAUGCUUAGAGGGUUAUCUUUAAAUGAGGUUGGAGUUGCAGACCUUGAAAAUCUACAAUUGCAAUACUGGGCUACCUUUGCCAGUUGCUUCAGUGUGCUAGUUUGCUUCGAUGUUAUUCUUCAGAGACAAGACAAUGGUGUUCCUUCUGUUGAUAGUUGCAGUAAUUGGAAUAAAAAGUUUAGCUUAAGCUGCAUAGCCUUGUGUGCAGGAAUCUGCUGCAUUGCCUUCUCAGCUAAGUAUCAGUUUGGGUGGCAGAUGGUAUUUAUGUUAUUGUGGGUGGUCUUUCACGGACUAGUGGCAUCAAAACUAAUUCAGAGAAUUCUUCGAACAUUUCCAGCUUGCGUUUCCAUUGGAGAAGCACUUUUGGUUACUUCUGGCCUUGUUAUCUAUUUUGGAGACAUGCUUCAAAACACUGUUGCAAAGAUUUUUGGGUAUUGGGCAUCCUUAGGAUAUCUUCCUGUGCAAUAUGUUGUCAAAAGAAGUGAGAUAAGUACCAUUAUUCAGGGCAUGACAGUUGGCCUCCUCCUCUUUCCUCUGUUUUUGAAACUGAUUUUUCAAAUCUCUGGACAUUUCAAGUUUGUGGACAUUUCUAGGGAGAGAGCAAACCAUGAGAUGAAGAAGUCCUUCAUCUUUUAUGCUUCCCUUGCAUUUCUGUUGAUUGUGGCUAUUCCUUUAUGGAUGCAGUUUGUUCAAGAUUUUCACAUGCAUCCUUUGUUCUGGGUGCUUGACUUUGUAUUCUCAGAACCACUUAAGACACUGUCAUUAUGUACCUAUUGGAUAGCUCUAAUAUAUGCAUCAGUUACACGGUUUUAUGAUAUAUCAAAGAAUAGUAAGACUGAGAGGAUUCUUCUUCGGAAAUACUACCAUCUGAUGGCAGUUGUUAUCUUUGUGCCUGCUCUUAUACUUCAGCCGGAGUUUCUUGACCUGGCAUUCGGUGCAGCUUUGGCAGUUUUCUUGAUAUUGGAAAUCAUACGAGUAUGGAGAAUUUGGCCUCUAGGACAACUUGUGCAUCAAUUCAUGAAUGCUUUUACGGAUCACCGUGACUCAGAGAUUCUUGUUAUCAGCCAUUUUUCGCUAUUGUUGGGCUGUGCUCUUCCUAUUUGGUUGUCUUCUGGCUUUAACGAUCGACCUCUUGCCCCUUUUGCUGGAAUUUUGAGCCUCGGAAUCGGAGAUACAAUGGCUUCAAUGGUUGGCCACAAGUAUGGGGUUCUACGAUGGAGCAAAACUGGCAAGAAAACAAUUGAAGGAACUGCAGCUGGUAUAACUUCUGUCUUGGUCGCAUGUUCUGUGCUGCUUCCCCUUUUAGCUACAACUGGGUACAUUUUUAGUCAGCACUGGUUUUCUCUACUUGUUGCAGUGACCACUAGCGGGCUGUUGGAGGCCUAUACAGCACAGCUUGAUAAUGCAUUUAUACCUCUUGUUUUCUACAGCCUACUUUGUCUGUAAUGUGACUGCGUCAUGCAUCAGAAGUAACAUAAAUGAACCCAUUGACGGCCAACAACCAAUUUUCUGGGUAGUGUUCCUGACUUGUGAGUUGUGACUCUGUGCUUCAUUGAGCACUCAGUUCGUAGAUGUUAAUGACAUGGACCUGUCCGUUAGGCCAUAGGUUAGUCUCAUCGUGCAAGAGGCCGAGUUAACCAGUUUUGAUGUUGUAUCAUUGUCCCAGUUUUGAUGUCGCAUUAGUAUUUGUACAGGAAUAAGCACUCCAUGUACAGCUUUUACUUCGCAUCAUGAUGUAGCAGAGUCAAAUUUAGGGAACUCAUGUAGCAGUGUAUAUUGGAAGUUCUGCAAUCAAUGCAGAUAAAUGUUGCGACAUAUUAGCUGGUGUUGCAAUUCCUUCCGUUUAUUCAUAUGUAGAACCCAUGUUGAUACCGUUCA